AACGAUUCUACAUUUUUGACGCAACCUCGAUUCCCUUCUCUCAUAAUAUCCGUAAAAAUGAGAAUUCCAUCUAAAAUUCGAGCUCAUGCUUACGCUUCUGGACUUUUCUUGCUUGUGACAACUGGUGCGUAUUGUGCCUAUACCGGUGCUAUGGAAAUUCGGAAAUGGUCAAUGUCAGCUCCACGACUUCAACAUCAGGAAAUGGAAGAUUAUUUGAGGUUUAAAGAAAAUCAGGCGCGCGGAAAAAUUGUUCGGCAAUAGAAAAGGCAAUUUAAAUAGAUUUUACAACUUCCACGUAACGAGACUUAAUAAUUUACGAAUGAAGGUUUUUGUUUUCAU